GCUUUUGACGUCGUGUUCUGAAACGUCAAUUUGACUGAACUUAACCUCACAAUUCUCACCCGGAGGAUGUUUUUCCUACUACAAAAAAAUAAUUUUUAGAGGGUUUAAGAUAGCCCUUUCGUUUUUAGUUGAGACAUUCAUUUAACGUUUCAAAAUGACUUUGUACCAUUUUGGAAACUGUAUAGCUUUAAUUUAUGUCCCUUAUUACCUCACCUAUAAACAAUCAGGGCUCUCAGAAUAUGGUGCUUUUUGGAAGUGCAUGCAUGCUGGAUUAAUCUACAUAUUCACACAAUUAGCAAAAAUGCUCGUGCUAGCUACAUUCUUCCCAGACAAUGUAGCUGAACUUGGAAACGAUCUAAUUGGGGAGUUUUUGAAAUCUACAGUGGAUCUAGCGGACCUGAUUGGGCUUUAUUUAGUCCUGUCUAGUAUUCCAGGAAAAGGUCAUAGCAAAGUUCUAACUGCAGGAAUUGGUUGGGCUACAGCAGAAGUCAUUUUGUCGAGAGCUCUUCUUCUUUGGGUAGGAGCUAGAGGAGCCGAGUUUGAUUGGAUUUAUAUCCAGAAGUGUUUUGAAUCAAACAUCCUUUUAGUACAACACAUUGUAACUGCUACCCUUGUCUGGUUGUGGUCGAGGCAUGACCUUCACAGCAACCUAAGAACCAUAGUAACAGUUAUGCUAGUUCUGACAGCAUAUAAAACCCUGUUGCUUGAUCUCCUUAUUACCACCGUCAGUGCUGGGCCAUGGAUGGGACUUCUUAUCAAGGCAGCUGUUACUUUUGUAUAUGGUUUCUUGACUUUAGUCAUCUAUGGGGGUCUUGCUAGGGUUAUUGGAAUAUUUUAAUUUAUAUUCUAUUUGUUUUGUUAAAUGAUUAUAAUGAAUUCAAUUACAAAAUGUUUUACUACGUUUUGCCAGUCAUCAUUCAUUUGGGUAUCAAAUAAAAGGGCUUGAUGAGGGAAACAUAAUAAGCAAAGUGACGUCAUUCUAUAUGGCGGCCGCCGCUGAAGGUGAUUUAUAUUUCCAUGGUCACCACUAUGAUAUAGGUAUCAAUUUAAUGAAACGUAAUAAGCAAAUAACGUCAUUCUAAAUUCCAUAUGGUGAUCGCCGCAUAAUACCGAUUUAUCAUUAUAUGGUUUAUGUAUA